CUGUGUGUGUUUCUUGUGAUUUCUCAGCCAGCUCCUCAUUCCCGCUCAGAGGUAGACAGCAGGGACCCUCACUGGCCAGGGAAGAAGCAAUAUUCUGCCCUGUUUUCAACAAGUAGAAGGUGCAAACGAGGAAAAAGAUGGAGAGGAAGCAGGGAGAGGUGGACCACCUGGAGCGAUCGAGACCCCUGACAGACAAGGAGAGGGUGAUGAUCCAGGACUCGUGGGCAAAAGUCUACCAGAACUGUGACGAUGCUGGAGUUGCCAUACUUGUGAGGCUUUUUGUGAAUUUCCCCUCAUCCAAGCAGUACUUCAGCCAGUUCAAGCACAUCGAGGAUGCAGAGGAGCUGGAAAAAAGUUCCCAGCUCAGGAAACACGCCCGCAGAGUAAUGAACGCCAUCAAUACGCUGGUGGAGAGCCUGGACAACUCAGACAAGGUCUCCUCAGUGCUGAAUGCAGUGGGUAAGGCUCACGCAAUCAGACACAAGGUGGACCCAGUAUACUUUAAGAUUCUGAGCGGUGUAAUUCUGGAAGUCCUGGGAGAAGCAUAUCCACAGGUGAUGACGGCAGAAGUGGCUUCAGCAUGGACCAACCUACUGGCUAUACUUUGCUGCAGCAUCAAGGCUGUCUAUGAGGAACUGGGCUGGCCGCACCUCUCCAACUCAACCAGCUGAGGCAUUUUUCAGGAAGCUUUUCAAAACUCCCUGUAAACUAGUCAGGAAUCGACUGACUCUAAUCUGGGAAUCCAGUACAGUAUAAUCUAUGAUAAUCAUGGAAAAGUACACAGUAUAGUCAACAGUAAGAACAAAUACUGUGCCAUUUUUAAGGCUAGCAGUGUGUUCAUGAGGAGGGAUCUUUAAAUUUAUACUGUUAUAAAUGCCUGACACUUUUAAAGGAUUGAACAAAGAACAUGCAUGGACCCGAUCAUUUUUGAGAAGUCACAUUUGACCUGAGUGUGCCUUCCACUGAAUGUUUAUAUGUGGAGAAGAAAAUGUAAACAGCUUUCUUUCUAAAUAUUCAAAAGUUUUUCAGGUGUACUUUGCCCAUCCGUUCGAAUUCACUCGUAUCCAAACAAUCAAACAUUUAUACCGUUUUUUUGUAUCUGUUGUUUUUUUUUUGCAUUUGUAUUUACAAUCAAGUAUAGAUUGGAAUAAACGGGUAAAAAUAACCCUGGAUUUU